AUGUCGUCCGGAGGCAGCGGCUUUCUCGGCCGCUCGACGAGCAACAACUCCAACAUGCGAGGCUUGGUGCAGUUCAUUGCCGAUUUAAGAAACGCAAGAGCGAGGGAAUUGGAAGAGAAGCGUAUCAACAAGGAGCUGGCCAACAUUCGAGCAGAUGGAAACCUCAGCGGAUACCACAAGAAGAAAUACGUGUGCAAGCUACUCUACAUUUACAUUCUCGGAUGGAACGUCGACUUCGGCCACCUCGAGGCGGUCAACCUCAUCUCGGCGAACAAGUACUCGGAGAAGCAGAUUGGUUACCUGGCCAUGACCCUCUUCCUGCACGAGAAGCACGAGCUGCUGCACUUGGUCGUCAACAGUAUACGAAAGGACUUGCUCGAUCACAAUGAGCUGUUCAACUGCUUGGCUCUCCACGCGAUUGCCAACGUUGGUGGCAGGGAAAUGGGAGAGGCUCUGAGUGGAGAGGUUCACAGGCUUUUGAUCUCGCCGACAUCUAAGGCAUUCGUCAAGAAGAAGGCCUCGCUGACCCUCCUCCGAUUGUACCGCAAGAACCCCGAUAUCGUCCAGCCGCAAUGGGCCGAGCGCAUCAUCUCUCUGAUGGACGACGUGGACAUUGGCGUGGCGCUAUCAGUCACAUCACUCGUCAUGACGCUCGCCCAGGACAACCUCAACCAGUACAAGGGCGCAUAUGCGAAGGCCGCUGCGAGGUUGAAGAGGAUACUGAUUGACGGAGAGUACACGCCCGAUUACCUCUACUACAAGGUUCCGUGCCCGUGGAUCCAGGUUAAGCUUCUGCGUUUGCUGCAGUACUUCCCUCCCUCAGACGACACACACGUUCGGGACAUGAUCCGUGAGUCGCUGCAGAAGAUCCUGAACCUCGCCAUGGAGCAGACCAAGAACGUGCAGCAGAACAACGCCCAAAACGCCGUUCUAUUCGAGGCCAUCAACUUGAUUAUUCACCUGGACAAUGAGAAUGCGCUGCUCAAGCAAAUCUCAUCUCGCCUCGGUCGCUUCUUGACCUCAAGAGAGACGAACGUUCGCUACUUGGGAUUGGAGGCGAUGACGCAUCUGGCGGCCCGCAUCGACACCCUGGAGCCCAUCAAGCAGCACCAAGAUGUCAUCAUCGGGUCUCUCAAGGACAGGGAUAUCAGUGUGCGGAGGAAAGGUCUCGACCUCCUUUACAGCAUGUGCGACUCAUCAAACGCCCAGGUCAUUGUCGGCGAGCUGCUGCACUACCUCCAAAACGCCGACUUCGCGAUCCGUGAGGAGAUGGUGCUCAAGAUUGCCAUUCUGACCGAGCGAUACGCCACCGAUGUUCAGUGGUACGUGGACAUCUCACUUCGUCUGAUCGCCAUGGCUGGCGAUCACGUAAGCGAUGAGGUGUGGCAGCGUGUCAUCCAAAUUGUGACGAAUAACGAGGAGUUGCAAGUUUACGCGGCCCAGCACUCCCUGCAUUACGUUAAAUCCGAUCACUGCCACGAGACGCUGGUCAAGAUCGGGGCAUACAUCUUGGGAGAGUUUGGUCAUCUUAUCGCAGACCAGCCCAAGUGCAGCCCAAUUGAGCAAUUCAUGGCUCUCCAAAGCAAGGUUGCCGCUUGCUCGUCAAGUACACGGGCCAUGAUCCUAUCUUGCUACGUCAAAUACGUCAACCUGUUCCCCGAAAUCAAGCCCCAACUCCUGAAGGCUUUCCAGGUGUUUAGCCACACUCUCGACUCUGAGCUCCAGCAAAGAGCAUGUGAGUACUUGACACUAGCGACGAUGCCGACAGACGACCUACUCCGGACUGUAUGCGACGAGAUGCCGCCAUUCCCCGAGAGACAAUCCGCACUGCUUGCUAGAGUGCAUCAGAAGCAUGCCAACACCAGUGAUAAGAGAACUUGGGUUGUGGGCGGCAAGGAUGCCAACGCGGACGUGGCAGAGCUCAAGAUGGCCAAGGACGGUGGUCUUAAGCGGACCUUCAGCACCAACGGCAAACCCCCAGCAAACGGCGCCAACGGCACGAAUGGUCAUGGCAACGGCGCGACCGACUUGGCCGGCAUCGACAUGUUGAACAUCGGUCCUGCAGAGCCGAAGACGAAGACCCCUAACCUGGCGAGUGCAGCUCACUUGUCUCCUAACUGGGAGGUCGGAUACAACAAGUUGCUCCUCAAGGGUGAGGGCGUCUUAUACGAAGAUGGCCAGAUCCAGAUCGGAGUGCGGUCCGAGUAUAGAGGCCAGAUGGCUUGUCUCAUCCUUUACUUCAAGAACAAGAUUCCCACGGCCCUCAGCUCUUUCACGACAACACUGGACCUCGACGAAGCGGAAAAGGGCAAGCUUACGUGGGAUGUGAAGAACCUGCCGGAAAGCACAAUCUAUCAGGCUGGACAAUCUCAGCAGGUCAUCAUGUUUGAGUGCAAGAGAGUAUUCGACAAGAGCCCCACGAUACGUAUCAGCUACCUCGCCGGUGCCUUGCAGGCUGUCACCCUCAAGUUGCCUCUCUCUGCCCACAAGUUUAUGGACCCCGCCGAUCUUACCGCCGAAGACUUUUUCAAGCGCUGGAAGCAGAUUGGCGGUGCGCCCCGUGAGGCUCAGGGCAUCUUUGGCCUGUCGCCCGGUAAAGGUGACAGAUCGAUCAAUGAGUUCUUCAUCAGACAGACGGUCGAAGGUUUCAGAUGGCGCAUUCUGGACGGCGUUGACCCCAACGCGAAGAACUUUGUCGGUGCUAGUGUUUUGCAUACCUCUGAAUCUGGCAAGUUUGGUUGCCUGAUGCGCCUGGAGCCGAACUACGGAACUCAGAUGAUCCGUCUCACCAUCCGAGCCACUGACGAGAGCGUCCCCGCAGCUCUGCUGAAGUUGAUGCAGGAGCGCCUCGCCGCUGGAUACACGCAAGAAAAGUUCCAAGCCCCGACCCCGAGUGAGAUCUCGGAUGCUUUCAGCAACAUCUUGGUCACAUAG